AUUUCCUAGGAAACAAACAAGUCCCUUAAAAUAAUUUUUUUUUUGCCAGAGCCCUUAAAAUAAAUUGAGAACCUACUUUUCCUUCAAAAAAGAAAAAAUAUUUGUCUCAAUUACGCAUCACCACUACCACCACCACGACGACGUCUGAACCCUAGCCAACCUUGCCGGACACUGAAUCGGUAGAAAUCCCUAACCACCGUCACCCAUGAACCGUCCUAUAUUAAUCUAAACCAAUUAUCGUUUCAUUUACCCUUUUCACUGCCGCUGAUGUAGAGAAAAAAAAAGUAAAAUCUUUUCACAUUUUCCGUCAAUUUUCAAAGUUCCGCUCAGUUUUUAAUUAUUGGUGUGAUCGCUAUCAGUAGCAAAUAUGGAGUUUGGAAUUAAUGGUGAUGCUAAUAGUCUCAUGGUGGAAACUGUUGAGGUGGACAGUAGCAGGGCAGGUGAUGAGAGUGGCAUUGGUGUAAGUUCUUGUGAAGGGGAUUUUCAAGAAGAUGAGGACGAUAAAUUGGAUAUAGAAUUAUUCAACAAGGAUAAAAUCGGAGAUGAAGUUCCGUAUGUAGCUGCGGUUCCUGCAGACGAGCCCUUUGUGGGACAGGAGUUUGAAUCUGAAGCUGCAGCACAUGCAUUUUACAAUGCUUAUGCAACUCGUGCGGGAUUUAUCAUCCGUGUAAGUAAACUCUCCCGGUCAAGGCGUGAUGGAACUGCUAUUGGUAGGGCACUGGUUUGUAACAAAGAAGGCUUUAGAAUGCCUGAUAAGCGUGAAAAAAUUGUAAGACAGCGUGCUGAGACUAGGGUUGGCUGCAGGGCAAUGAUUUUGGUGAGAAAAGUUACCUCUGGUAAAUGGGUUGUAACAAAAUUUGUAAAAGAGCACAGUCAUUCAUUGACACCUGGCAAAGGCCGAAGGGAUUGCAUUUAUGAUCAGUAUCCGAACGAACACGAUAAAAUUCGGGAGCUAUCGCAACAGUUGACUAUAGAGAAAAAGAGAGCGGCGACCUAUAAAAGACAUUUGGAAUUAUUAUUCGAGCAAAUCGAUGAACACAAUGAAAGUUUAUCAAAGAAGAUCCAACACAUAGUACAGAGUGUGAGAGAGAUUGAAAACCAAGAGCAGCAGAACGGUGUAUAGUUCCAGCAAUUUUGUUUCAUUUUUUUUUGGAAGUACAGAAUCCACAGUCGAUAUACAAGAAAGAGCAGCCGAGUAGAGUAGAUGUCGCAUUCUGACUGGCUCUAGUUUGUUAGAUAUCCAGAUAGUUACACAAUGUGAAAAAUGUUGAGGGAUAGCAGAAUUCCUUGGAUAAUUGGUAUAGUAAUGCUCCUAUGUUGGGAGCACAUGGUGAGUAGGAGAUGUGAGGUUUGUGUAUAGUUCUCCUAUCCAUGUCUGCACAGUCGGGCCAAUUUUAUCUUACUCAAGAGGAAGGGGUUAGCUUAAGCUGCAAGGAACCUGAACAGUGCAUUUUAUGCAGAAUCUGGUUUCAGCUUCUGGUUUUGUAUAGGAUGAACAUUUUUUCCUUUUAAGAUAUUGUAUUUAUUUUACCCUUUAAAUUCA